AAAAGGCAAUCAUGUCAAGCAGAAAAUGUCCUUUUAAAUAACAGCUGCUUCCUUGAGCAUCAACAUCAGUACUUGCGGCAGGAAAAAGAUGUUAAGAGUUACACUGAGAAGAAUCAUUCUGGAGCUGUUCUAACAAUGAGCUGACGCUUACAAAAGGGCAAACACGUUGGCCUUUUUUGCAACUGUGCACAUCAUGCCUUUCUUGGAGUUCUUAGCUGGAAGCAUUUCAGGUGCAGUGGGACUGGUGGUGGGACAUCCGUUAGACACUGUGAAGGUGCGUCUGCAGGCCCAGUCAGGGUAUAAAGGGAUAUUUCACUGCAUUGUUAAAACAUACACUCAUGAAGGGCUCCAUGGAUUCUUCAAGGGCAUGGCAUUUCCAGUGCUGACCACAGGCAUCGCCAAUUCUGUUGUCUUUGGCUCUUACAGUAAUGCCUUAGCUUACCUCACUCAGUCUCGGUACAGUGACCACAGUCAAGGCAAACCGGCCUCUGCUGCACAGGUCUUCGCUGCCGGCUGCUUCUCAGGCCUGGUGCAGGUGUUCGUCUGUGCACCCAUUGACCUGGUGAAGGUUCGUCUGCAGGGUCAAACAACUGCUGAGCGAUACCGCGGCCCCAUUCAUUGUGUUGCUGUCAUCCUGAAGGAGGAAGGACCCAGGGGACUGUUCAGAGGAGGGCUGGCCCUUGCCCUGAGGGAUAUUCCCUGCUAUGGACUCUAUUUCUUGCCUUACGAGGUGACUCGAAAGGCUCUGACCGAAACCGGCAAACAGCCAGGUACGUUUGCAAUAUUGUUGGCGGGUGGCGUGGCAGGUGUGGUGACUUGGUCUUUUGCCACGCCCAUGGACGUGGUGAAAGCCCGGCUCCAGAUGUCGGGUGCCGGCGGCCUGAGGGCCUUCCCUGUCAACGCCAUCACCUUCCUCAGCUACGAGAGUCUGAUGAGGGUUUUCUGUCCACCGGCGAGAUGACCUCAGUCUCGACAGUGAGCGGAUACACUUCCUGUCUUGAAAAUUGUCUUCUCAUGGUGGUGGAGAUUUUACCAUACACACACAAACUGACUGUAGGUCGGACAUUUUCAGGCUUUCUUAACAUCAUCAAUGUUUCAUUUUUCAUUGGUAUAGUUUACUUAGUUUUGGAUGGUGUUUUUUAAAAUGAUGAGCCCGAAAUACCGUUUUAAAACCUGUGUGGAGCAGGUCAACACCCUCUAGCAUCAGAAACUCACACACACUUCAUCUGUUAAAUGGAAAUGUUCAAAUUAAUUGUGACUUGAACCCCUUCAAUUGGGGGCUGUAGGUUUUAAGCUUCUCAUAUUACUGGAAAUUUUUACUUGACAAAAUGUAAAUGUAAAAAUAAAUGUUUUGCAUAUAGACA